AUGAAUAUGCAGGUCAGUUCAACCGAUGGAAUCGACACAAGUAUGACCGAAGAUCCAAAUGGAUCCCGUACAACUGAGUCCACAGAACACUCCAGACACCACUGUCAGCUCAACGACGCAAGUACCUGUACAAACAAAGAAGAACAAGCACCUCGUACUGAACAUCCCUCUCGACAGACAUUGAUCGGGCGUGGAUCGUAUACAUUUAUGUUCGGCUUUGUAGAUCCGGGAGAAUGA